AGAUGAUGUGUGGACUGAAGAGUAUGGAAAGUGGGAUCAACUGAAACACUUGUUGUUGAGUAAUGGUUCCCAAGGAAGUAAGAUCUUAGUGACCACUCGUAAGGAGAAAGUGGCGGUAAGCAUGGGCUGCGAAUUGUUCAAAGUGGGACAGUUAUCUGGAGAAGAAGGUUGGUCAUUGUUUAGUCAAAUUGCUUUUUUUGGGAGGUCUAAUGAUGAUUGUAGAAGUUUGGAAGAAACUGCUAGAGAAAUUGCAAAAAAGUGCAAAGGCUUGCCACUUGCUUUGAAGACAUUAGGUGGCCUUAUGCGCUGGAAAAAAAGCAUAAUAGAAUGGCAAAGUGUGUUGGAAAGUGAAGUAUGGGAACUUGAAGAGGCUGAACAAGGUCUUUUCCACUCCUUAAUGUUUAGUUAUUUUGAUUUACCACCACACUUGAGGCAGUGUUUCUCAUAUUGUGCAAUCUUUCCAAAAGACUAUGUGAUAGAGAAAAAAAUGUUAAUCGAGUUAUGGAUGGCACAAGGUUUUCUCAAGGGGACUCAAGAUAUGGAGAUGGUAGGGGAAAACAACUUUAAUGACCUGUCAAUGCGCUUCUUAUUUCAAGAUUUUGAAAUGGAUGACAAUGGUGGCAUUAUCAAGUGCAAAAUGCAUGACAUGGUGCAUGAUUUUGCUAUGUUUCUGACUAGAGGUGAGUGUUUGACAAUGGGAAGUAGUAGCAGCAUUCAAUGUUUCAAUGGCAAAACUCGUCAUCUCUUUUUGCUGAUGCAAACAGAAGAGACUAUUGCUAUUCAGACUUGCACUGAAAACUUGCGCACUUUGCUUAUUGAGUCAAAUGGAACAAAUCCUAUUUCUCAUAUUGAAUUAUUGAAAUUGUUUGAUAGGCUUAAAUGUCUUAGGAUAUUGAAAUGUUCAGAUUCUAGAAUUAAAAAGUGUCCAAAACAAAUAGGCAAAUUGAUACAUUUGAGGCAUCUUGACUUGUCAAAAAAUGACAAGUUAAAGGAAUUGCCUGAGGCAGUGUGUGACUUGUUUAAUUUGCUUAUAUUAGACAUUAGUGGAUGUUACAGACUUAAAAGACUUCCUCAUAAAAUGGGAAAUCUUAUCAACUUGUUGCAUCUUCGGAAUGAGAGGACAACUCUGAAUUUCAUGCCUAAAGGUCUGGAGAAAUUGACUAGUUUGAAAACAUUGAAUGUGUUUGUGGUAACUCAUAAAGGAGCUGCACUCAGUGAUUUGGGGAACUUGAAUCAUCUUCGUGGGAGUCUUAGCAUAGGAGGAUUGGGAAGUGUUAGAGAUCAAAGGGAAGUAGAAAAGGCACAACUACAGAAUAAGAAGGGGAUUACUAAUUUGACUCUAAAAUUUGAUCUCAAUGGUUUGCCGGUGAGCCAAGCUAAUGAAUUGGAAACAUUAGAAUUUCCCUUGGGGAAAUUGCUUUCUCUAGAAUCACUCACGGUGGAUGGUAUGCGGGAAGUAAAAAAGGUGGGAGUUGAAUUUUUGGGGAUAGAAAUGUCUUUGUCUACAUCUUCAUCAUCCGUUGUUGCCUUCCCCAAUUUGAAGACACUGAAGUUUGAUGGGGUGAAAGAGUGGGAAGAGUGGGAAGAGUGGGAUUAUGGAAGCAGAGGAGAAAUCAUGCCAUGUCUUUCUUCCUUGACAAUUUAUCAUUGUCCGAAGCUAAAGAAGUUGCCGGAAUAUAUUCUCCAAAAUAUUACCCUGCAGGAAUUGAUAAUUAGUUACUCAUCAGAUGCAGUCAUUUCAAAUCUAUUCAAAAAGGAUUGCAAGCCCCAUAUCUCUUGCAUUUCUAACAUGGAUGUGGAAGGGGAAAAAGAAAUAGUGGGUCACACAAAUCCAAUUGUGUGGCCUAGCCCAAGUUGGACAACUCCAUUAACCAACCUGAAGAACAUAGAGAUCUGGGGCAGCCACGUGGAACAUUUGCCUCCUUUGGGGAAAUUGCCUUUUCUAGAAUCACUCAUGGUGGAUGGUAUGCGGAAAGUAAAAAAGGUGGGAGUUGAAUUUUUGGGGAUAGAAAUGCCUUUGUCUCCAUCUUCAUCAUCCAUUUUUGCCUUCCCCAAUUUGAAGUCACUGAGAUUUACAUGGAUGAUGGGACCGUGGGAAGAGUGGGAUUAUGAAAGUAGAGGAGAAAAGGAUAUCACAAUCAUGCCACGUCUUUCUUCCUUGACAAUUUAUCGUUGUUGGCAUUUAAAGAUGUUGCCGGAUUAUAUUCUCCAAAGUACUACCCUGCAAGAAUUGAGUAUUAUUGAAUGUCCAAUUAUUUCAAAACGCUGCAAAGAAGACUACCAGCCCUUUUUCAAGCGCAUUCCUCACUCCAAAGUGUUAGACCAUGACUGGAGAGUCGGACUCGAACUUUGAGUAACUUGCAAAAAAGGAAGGAGACCCCAUGUGCAUAGCUUCAAAAGUUGUGGCCAUGGUGGAAGGAUGAUGGACCGGCCUGGCUCGUGGUGCUCACACUAGCUUCCAUGUGUCAGCUUUUUAGCAUAG